AUGACUACAUCUCCACCGAAAUACGAAGCUUCGUCGGAGGCACUUCCCGCAUAUAGACCAUCACUUGAGUUUUUUGGUCUAGCACUUGUCAAGUCGGAGUUCAGCACUCCGUUCAGCUGCAACGAAGGUUCCAGGGCCUGGAAACCAGUGUUGUUGGAACUCAAUUCGACUCAGCUCAAUUUUUACGAAUUAGACGUCAAGAAAACUGUUCAUGACUUGAUUAUUGCACUUUACAAUGAGCUGAACUCCCUUCACAAUCUUAUCAGGGAAGUUAAUAACGACUACAAACUGCACGAAACUGCUACAAAUCUGCGAGAAGUAGACCAAGUAGACUUGUUUGAUGGAGAUGCCUACGGAAACAACAAUACUCCAGAAAUGGACAUCGUCAACCCUUCAACAGUCACCAAGAUCAAGCUGAACUUCAAGAGCUAUGUUUCUCAAAAAUUGCUCAAGAAUAAUCUUUCGAAAUACUACACCUUAUUUGAGGAGAACAAUCUUCUUUUUGAACCUGUGACAUCAGAGGAAGCAUAUACCAGAGUCAAGAAUAAGUAUCAGGGCCAAUUGAUCAGCUCGUUUACGUUGUCGAAUUUGGAACUUGGUGAAGCUCCAUCUUUGAACCAACUCAUUUCUGCAAUGUACAAGGAAGAGAACAUCUACGACGGGUCAGCUACAGCUCUAGCCAGUUUGGUCAAGUACAAGAAUGUUCUCCGUUUGAGAAUCGAGUACAAGCAGAUCUUACUUCAAUUCUGGUCUUUCUACGCAAUGGUGCAUUGGUUCAGAAUGUUAACAAUAGGCAGAGAUCUCAGCGUACCACUUGAGCAAAGAACAUUGUCCAAGUUGAAGAGUGUUCCUUCUAGAUACACCAGCAGAAACAAUGCCUUGUUGAUAGCAACGGCAGCUGCUUCAUCGUAUAGAAGAAGAAACGACCCGCUUUUUGGUGAGGACGACGACGAAGAUGAUGAUUUAGGUUUGUUUGGUAGAAACGCAUGUUGGUAUGGAAACGAUGCUGACCACAAACCACGUACUGAAGGCUCUCUAAACGAGUCGAUUUUCGACAAUGAAAGAAGACCCUCUGUGGCCACCACUACCAACACCAAAAACAAUGCUUAUGUAAUAAGCAUCAACAACUUGAAGUUCGUGUCGUACGAGAAGUUCUACACUGUGUUGGAAAAACAGUACAUCUCCAACUGUAUUCCCGACUUGAACUCGUACGACCGCUGGAACGGCAAGGAUUUGACAUUGAGCAACUACAAAUACUUCGUAGGCAAAGGCAGUACAGUAGGAAAGGGCAAGAAAAAGGGCAUUUUCAUCCCCUACAACGAUUUCAUCGACCAUACUUCUUCCUACGAGAAAAAGAGAAUCUUCUCAGGUAAUCAUAUCAAGAACCAAAGGAUUGGAUCUUGUCAUAGUUUCCGUAUUUAUCAGAUGGGAUUAGUGGGAGUUCAACCUGAAGAACGAGCAGAUGUCAUACAGUGUCUGUAA